GUGAAACAGCUCAAGGGCUAUCUGCGUUCUACAGAUACUUGGUGAAAUCAGGAACUUCAGAAACGUCUAAGGAAAGGCUCACCUUUAGAACUCUUGAGGGAAAGUAUGAAAAUGAAUUAGAGACCUUCUUGUACUGGGGUGAAUCACUGAGAAAGGUCUUCAAGGAAUCCCAGGAUUUCUUUUAUUUUAUUUUUCCUUUUGUUUGAUGCCUUUUCAAAAGCUGGAUAAUUGAACUUAGUUCACAUAGAAGUUGGCUGAAUGUUGCAAGCUUGCAAAAUGGAAGGAUUUCCCCUCAUCUCCCCUCAGCCCUCUGAAGAUCUGAUCUCCUAUGAAUCAGACCCCUACAGACAGUCCCAUGACAGUUACCAGUAUCUCAACAGUGAUGCAGACAGUCAUGGAGCAGGUGAAUUGCUUUUAUGUCCGUCAGACCACUACUGGGAAUAUCACCCGCCCCACUUGCACACCGAAUUUGAGAACUUUGGGGACAAUCACUUUGCAGAGCUUCAGAGUGUACAGCCACCUCAGCUGCAGCAGCUCUACCGGCACAUGGAGAUUGAACAGAUGCAUGUUCUAGAUUCUGGGAUCCCUGCCGCACAUCUUGGUCUCAACCAGGUUACCUUUUUGCCUCGCAUGUGCUUGCCGUAUCCCGCUCAUCAGCGCAGUUCUGAUGAAGAAGAUCUAGAGCGAAACAGCCCCCCAUUAGAAGUAUCGGAUGGGGAGACUGAAGUCGGAGAGCCUGGUCCUGGCAUGAUGACUGGAGAAGCAGGCAGUAAGAAGAAAAUCCGACUGUACCAGUUUCUUCUGGACCUGCUUCGGAGUGGAGAUAUGAAGGAUAGCAUCUGGUGGGUGGAUAAGGAAAAAGGCACUUUCCAGUUCUCUUCCAAACACAAAGAAGCACUGGCUCAUCGCUGGGGCAUCCAGAAAGGGAACCGCAAGAAAAUGACCUACCAGAAGAUGGCACGGGCAUUGAGAAACUAUGGCAAGACUGGAGAGGUCAAGAAAGUCAAGAAGAAGUUGACAUACCAGUUUAGUGGGGAGGUGAUGGGAAGGGGUGGCACUGAUAGGAAGCACUAUCCUCUUUGAGCGCAGAGCCUGGAAUCCCCAAAAGGCCAUAUUAUAUAAGGACACAUUGUUUGGACUUAGCAGCAGAGUUUCUGAACACAUCUUAUAUUAUGCUUUCAACAUCCUUAUCAUUAUCUUUUUGAAGCUUUCAAUAUCCAGUGCUUCUGGUACGAAUUUCCUUCUUCAGCUUUGAAAUUUCUCCUACAGAUAUUUUUUGCUUCCAUCUGACAAGCUGGACAAAGCAGGGAUUAUUUUUAAAAAAGGAAAUGUGUAGAUAUAUUAUUUUCAGAAAAUAUUUGAUUGUGUUAUAGUUAAAAUAUGCAACUGAUGAAGUUUUGGGUGUCCUUCAUAGGCAGUACAGUUUCACUUUCAAAGAUUCUGCCUUACCUUAAGCUUUUAAACUAGCAUUAAUACAGGCUCUGCAAUACCUCUCCAUGGCUACGGAGUAGUUUGCAGAUCCUGGAAAUAUACAUUACUGUGCAAAUAUUAACAUGUAUAUAUUUAAUAAAAUCUGUUCUCACAAAAGCA